AUGGACAAGACAGGGUUGUCGCAGAAAGCAGGGUCACUCGUGCUCCUACUGCUGGCGUCAAGUCUGCUUCUGUGCAAGAGCGCAGCCCCCCUGCCCAUCUGCCCCAGCGGGGCUGUCAACUGCCAGGUGUCCCUCCGAGACCUGUUUGACCGCGCCGUCAUCCUGUCUCACUACAUCCAUAAACUCUCCUCAGAAAUGUUCAGCGAAUUUGAUGAACGAUAUGCCCAGGGCCGGGGGUUCAUUACCAAGGCCAUCAACAGCUGCCACACUUCAUCCCUCUCUACCCCUGAGGACAAGGAGCAGGCCCAACAGAUCCGGCACGAAGACCUCCUGAACCUGGUCCUCGAGGUGCUGCGCUCCUGGAACGGCCCUCUCUACCAUCUGGUCGCGGAAGUGCGCGGCAUGCAGGAGGCCCCCGAUGCCAUCCUGUCGAGAGCGAUAGAGAUCGAAGAACAGAACAAACGCCUCUUGGAGGGCAUGGAGAAGAUAGUCGGCCAGGUUCACCCUGGAGUGAAAGAAAACGAGGUCUCCUCCGUGUGGGCGGGACUGCCGUCCCUGCGGAUGGCCGAUGAGGAUGCUCGCCUCUUCGCUUUUUAUAACCUGCUCCACUGCCUGCGCAGGGAUUCGCAUAAGAUCGACAAUUACCUCAAGAUCCUGAAGUGCCGCAUCGUCCACAAUAGCAACUGCUAAGCCCACAUCCUGCCCACCGACGUCUGGGACGGCCCGUCAUGAGCCAUCCCGUCACGAGCCAUCCGUGGUAAUUUCUUUCAGGCUUACUGCAUUUGAAUGCAUGCUUGGGUGGAAUGGGUCUCAUCUUAAAAAAUAAAAACUGAUGCCUAGAGACGCCAAAAUCAGAAAACGCAGUGUGUCAAAGUUUCUUAUCUUCAUUUAAUAGAAAAUCAAAAGAAGACCCAUCACUGUCAUUGAGCAGUUCCUAUAAAAACUUCUCACAAAGAGCAGAAGCUAGCAUGACAAAUCAGACCAUUAGCAGCUUACUUAGAACCACAGUAAUUAUUAGGGUCAAGUUAUUAGAAUCAAAGAACUAGAUAAUUAUUAACCAUGCUGGCUACCCAGAAGACUGAAUUCUCGGAACCCUUCACGCAAGCCUGCUACAUGCCACCAGCUGUCGGCCUCGGGGCAGGUGGACAGGUGGGGCUGCGAUGCACCCAAAGAGCGGGAGGUUUGCCUGACCGACUAGGAACUGUGAGGUGACUGUCUCAGUCUGUCCGGGCCACUGUCCCAAAGUAUCGCAGAGAUAAACAACAGGAAUGUGUCCCCACAGCACGGUCAGGGGAGGGCCCUCCUCCUGGCCAG